AAUUCAACACACUUAAAACAGAUUCUAAUCUUCACAUACACACUUAACCAAAACAAAACAAAUAGUAUUUAACCAAAAAAAAAAAAAACAAACCAGUUAACUGAAUCUGAAACAAAACAAAUAUAAACGUAUAUUGGCAGGGUUGAAUCUCUGUUAUUGGAAAGGGUUGAAUCUCUGUUAUUGGGUAGGGCUGUGGCGUUUAAUGGAAUUCCAGUUUCAUACCAGGAAAAAAAGAAAAAAAAACUAAUCCAACUUUAUGCAUUCGUGACUGAAAACACCCAAAAUAGACAACUAGAUAAUAGAACCUCCACAUCAAACACAAUCGAACCCAAUUGAAGGGGAUGAAGAUCUGCGACUUUGAAGUUGAAGGGGAAAAUAGAGAAAGAUCGGGAGGGAGAGAGAGCCAAGGAUAGAGAACUAGAGAGAGAAAGAGUGAGAACCAGAGAACUUGGGAGGGAGAUAGAGAAACGGAGAGAAAAAGAGAGAUGUGAAUUGGGUGGGUUUUGGAGACACAGGAAAAGAGGAGGUGCGGGACCUCCUACAGUUACCCGCCCCCAAAUUUCAAACCCUAGCCUCCUCAAUCUGGAACCCAGUCGACAACAUAAACGAAGAAGACGAAGUUUUGCCAACAACGAAAAAACGAAGACGAAGUGAAAAUGGUUUUUGGGCAAGUGGUGAUUGGUCCACCUGGGUCAGGGAAGACCACCUACUGCAAUGGCAUGUCUCAGUUUCUCCAACUCAUUGGAAGAAAAGUUGCUGUUAUCAAUUUGGAUCCUGCCAACGAUGCAUUGCCAUAUGAAUGUGCUGUGAACAUAGAGGAUCUUAUAAAACUAAGUGAUGUGAUGGUGGAGCACGGUCUUGGUCCAAACGGAGGUCUUGUAUAUUGCAUGGAUUAUCUAGAGAAGAAUAUUGACUGGUUGGAGGCGAAGUUGAAACCUCUUGUAAAAGAUCACUACUUCCUCUUUGAUUUACCUGGCCAAGUCGAACUAUUCUUUCUUCACUCCAGCGCCAAGAAUGUUAUCAUGAAACUCGUAAAGAAGUUAAACCUCAGGUUGACUGCAGUUCAUUUGGUUGAUGCCCACCUUUGCAGUGACCCUGGGAAGUAUGUUAGUGCAUUGCUUCUCUCUUUAUCAACCAUGCUUCAUAUGGAACUCCCACACAUAAAUGUCUUGUCUAAGAUUGAUUUAAUAGAGAGUUAUGGAAAGCUAGCUUUCAACCUUGAUUUUUAUACAGAUGUAGAGAAUCUAUCUUAUCUUCAAUACAGUCUUGAUCAGGAUCCUCGCUCGGCUAAGUACAGAAAGCUCACUAAGGAGAUUUGUGAUGUAGUAGAAGAUUACAGUCUUGUCAAUUUUACAACUUUAGAUAUUCAGGAUAAAGAGAGUGUGGGGAAUCUAGUUAAACUGAUAGACAAGAGCAAUGGAUACAUUUUUGCUGGCAUAGAAGCGAGUGCAGCAGAGUUCAGCAAGAUUGCAGUUGGUCCAGUUGAUUGGGAUUAUUACAGAGUUGCAGCGGUGCAAGAGAAGUACAUGAAGGAUGACGAAAAUUUUGAUGAUGAUGAACACUCUGGAGAUUGACAAUCUUCAUUUUGUGAGAAAAUGAUUCUGGUGAGCAUUGUAUUGUUCCCCCGUUCUGCCUCAUGAUUAACAGUGAGGCACCUCUCAAGGUGGCAGAUGCUUUGUGUUGACGAAAUUAGGCAACUCGCUCUUGCGUGGCUAUUUUUGUAUGAUAUAUGCAUUUCUCUUAGUCAUGCCAUGUUUAUUCAUGUGAAAAUGCAACUUACAUAGAACUAAUUAAUUUACUAGGCAUUGAGCAAUAUGAUUAUAUUGGUUUUAUAACAACAAAACUGUGGUUUUAUGGGGGCUGGGAUUGAAUUAUGCACUGCCAAUGAUUAUGCUGAUGAUCUGAUUAAGAAUUUAUUAACUUCUGCUCACUCUCUAUCCGUACAUAGUAGUGAGUUGAUAACAAAGUUUCCUUCAUGUAAAAGUGUGCGUACACACGCACACAGGAAAUCUGCUUUGUUGAAGAAGAUGCCUUUGAACUUCUAGAUGUUAUAGACUUCUAGAAAAUAAGGGGCUGUUUGGUAUUGGAUUUGAAUCCAAUUUUAUAAACUCAAAAACAGAUUUUAAGUUAAAAAUAAAAAAAAACUCGUUUGGUAGACCCAUUUUUAAAAACAAGAACCCAAAAUAAACUCAAAAACACCAACAAAUUAGAAAACAGAAAAAGUCUCUUUUUUUCGAAUUUUUUUUUCUACUCGUCUCAUCGCUCGAGCGAUGCUUGCUCUGAGCUCCUUCUGCUCGAGCUCAAGCUUCAAGCCUCCAUAGCAGAAGCUUGAAGCUCUCUUGCUCCCUCUCUUUCUCCAUCUCUCUCUUCGUCGCUCUCUCUCAUCAGUAACUUUUAGGGCUGGGCAUCUGAGCACGGCCCUCGCCGCCUCCUCUGCGAUUCCAUCAGUUGAAGUCUCGACGUCACACGCCACCGAACAGGCGCACACCAUUGGCUUGUCAUGAGCUGGAGUUGCUCAUCUCCGAUCUCUACAAUCGGUUAUGAUGGUGUCUGAAGUGACAUUAUUGGGGCCCUAAUGGAAUUUUACACAAUUUGCAUGAUCUUGAUGUGGUAGAUGAAGAAA